AUGCAACAACCGCCACCGACAAGCAAGCAGCCAGGCUCCCAUGCACCUUUUACACCGCAUCGUUCGGCACCAACUUUUCAUCCUGGCAAUGCGUCAUCAUCAGCCAACCACGCUGAUGCGCUGGCUCUUUAUCAGGAAAAUCAUGGAGGGACAACAUAUUUCUAUCCUCAACAACAGCCACCUCAAACGUUGAGUACACCCGAUUCGACGACUGCCAACGCUCGUGUGAAUAGCGCACCACUAGAACAAGUGGUACCAGAGAAUCACACCGUCGUUAAUACCAACGGCAGUUUCUCCUACCAAGGACCAGUGCCACAUAUAGGCAAAUUUCGUCCAAAGAGUGUGGCCAGUAACAAUAUGGCUCAGUUCAUUUCACCUGAUGUGAAAAUGGAACUGGUUCAUCGGCAACUGGCUAUGGAAGCUCGAGCAGAUCCAAUUGUUUAUCCAGAUCUGCCCCAGCAGGUGGAACACUUCAAUCAGUUGGUCCCGUUGGAGCAAAUAAAUCAGCACCAUGCCACCCAGUCUGUGUUCAAGGCGGUUUCUAUACGAGAUGGUGUUACGUAUUGUAUCAGGAGAUUGCACGGCUUUCGCAUUUCCUCUCCAAAACAACUACAGCCGUUAGAGACGUGGAAGAAGUUAGUAAAUGUGAACGUUGUGCAACUGCGAGAAGUUCUUCCCAAUUGCAAAGCUUUUGGUGACAGCUCUGUCGUUCUCGUCUAUGAUUACCAUCCCCUGGCAGACUCACUAAAAACUCGUCAUUUUGGACGUAUGCUUGGUAGUGGUUUCAUUGAUGGAAUAACUGGAGCCAAAAUGUCGAGUCAGCUCACUGGACACGCUUCAAACCAAAUGCAGCAAGGCGCUGGGGUUGUCGAAUGGUUGCUGUGGUCAUAUGUGAUUCAACUGUCAUCCGCAUUACGAGCUGUUCAUGCAAAUGGUCUUGCUUCCAGAUGCGUAGAUCUCUCGAAGAUCCUCGUUCACGGCAAGAGCAAGAUUCUCUUGAGUUGCGGUGGAGUAGCUGAUCUACUUGCGCCUGACACCCAAGUCCAACAAUUACAGAUGGAAGAUCUUCAUGCUCUGGGCCGAGUUCUACUGGCCUUGGCCACUGGUAAUGCAUUCGCCGCUCGCCGAGAUCUUGUCCAGCAGAGUAUGACAUACGUCACAAAUCACUACAGCAGUGAUAUGAAAAAUCUUAUAAGGUGA